AUGUCACCCAUCCUUCCUCCUCAGGCACAAAACGUCAAGACCCGUCCUGGUGCUCCUCGUGACGCCGAAGCCGUCAAAGAUGUACAACUAUUCCAACCCUCAACCAUCAGGUCUGUGACCAUCCCCAACCGUAUUGUCGUUGCUCCCAUGUGCAUGUACUCUUGCGAAGAUGGUUUCUUGAACGACUUUCAUCUGGCCCACUAUUUUUCGUUCGCUUUCAAGGGUGCCGGUCUAGUCAUCAUUGAAGCUACCGCUGUCGAGCCCCAGGGUCGUAUUUCUCCUGAAGACUCUGGCUUGUGGAGUGACGACCACAUUGCUCCUUUGAAGCGUGUGGCUGAUAUGAUCAAGGCACAGGGAAGUGUUCCCGGUAUUCAGAUCGCCCACGCUGGUCGCAAGGCCUCCAUGGGCUCGCCAUUUGUUGGUUACCGCAUUAUUCCCGAGGAAGAAAAGGGCUGGUCCAAGGAUGUCCGUGGUCCUUCGGAAUUGCCAUUCGAUGAGAAGCAUUGCCAGCCCCAUGCCCUGACCAAAGAGGCCAUUCAAGACCUGGUUCAAAAGUUUGCAAAUACUGCAGUUCGUGCUGAUAAGGCCGGAAUUGAAGUUCUGGAAAUCCACAGUGCUCACGGCUAUUUGUUGCACAACUUCUUGUCUGGUAACUCCAACAAGCGCACUGAUGAGUAUGGUGGCUCGCUCGAGAACCGUAUGCGCUUCCCUCUUGAAGUAGUCAAGGCUGUUCGUGCUGCCUGGCCGGAACACAAGCCGUUGUGGCUCCGCUUUUCAUCGACCGAUUUUAAGGAAAUCGAUCAUAUGGCAGAGGACAAAGACGGCUGGGACAUAUACCAAGCUAUUGAGUAUGCCAAGAAGCUCAAGGAGAUUGGUGUUGAUGUGAUCGACUGCUCUGCCGGUGCCAACAUUUCUGGUGUUCGUUACCCUACUGGUCCUCACUUCCAAGUUCCUUUUGCUGAAGCCGUUCGUCGCGAGGCUGAUAUCCACACUGGAGCUGUCGGUCUCAUCACCGAGCCUGUUGCAGCCGAAAAGGUUUUGCAGGAAGGAAAGGCCGAUUACAUCUUGCUUGCUCGUGAAUUCUUGCGUGACAGCGGUUGGGCAUUGCGUGCUGCUCGCGAGUUGAAUGUUCCUGUCGAGUGGCCCAAUCAGUACAAGCGCGCUGACAACGAGCGUUGGGUUGGCAAGAACGGCAAAUAA